UGCUGAGGAGCCAUCACAACGAAAGGAACAAAAAGUAAAAAUUCGGUUAGCAUUAGCAGCGGAGUGUUUUAAAAAAUUUACUUCCGCUUCUAAAUGUUUCGCUACUUUUCAUUUUUCCUUUGAUUUCACGGAAACGGAAAAUCGUUUACCACGAUAUGUGGCAUUGUGCACAGCUGUUUUUAGUGCUACUCAUUAUACGCAAUUCGUGGCAGGCCUGUGAUCGGCGACCGCAAGGUGCCAGCGGUGAUCGCUCAGCGGUCGAUGAGAAUUUUCUAGUGUUGAUUGAAGGCAAUCCCGCGACCUAUAUACCAGGGCAACGUUACAACAUUUCCCUAUCUUGUGACGCGGCACUCAAGUUUAUCAGCUUCACGCUGGUUGUUGAGAGUGAAGAUCCCUCAAUUCUUGCCGGCCCCGAAACAAUUGGCUAUUUUGAGCUUAUCGAUGCCGCUGAGACGCGCUUCAGCUCGGCGUGUGAGAAUAUGAUCGAGAGCACAAAUGCGAAUACAAAAAUUCGCGUAAGCGUUGGCUGGGUGGCGCCUGCGGGCGGUUGCGUGCUCGUCAAGGCAGCUGUGUUGCAACACCGCAACGUCUGGUUUAUAGAUGAUGGCUUUCUAACGAAACGUAUCUGCCCGGAAGAGAUUGAUGACGUGAAUAGCCAGACGCCACCGGUGGAACCGUGUUGCGCAUGUGAUGAGGCAAAGUAUGAGCUGAUUGUGGAGCGUAAAUGGGGUCGUAAUACACAUCCGCAUGAUUAUCCUGUAGAAGAAUGGCGUUCGCGGUUCAGUGAGCUUAUUGGAGCAUCGCAUUCGCAAGAUUAUCGUUUUUGGAAAUAUGGAGCACUUGCGAGUCGUGGCCUAAAAGAAAUGGCGGAGCACGGCGCCACUAGGUUGUUGGAAUUAGAAGUAAAGUCUGGCGAUAUACGCACGAUUAUCAAGGCGCCAGGUAUUACGCAUCGCAAGAAUGUUGCGGGCACCACAUUGGCAAAUGUGCGCGUCGAUCCGCAGCACCAUGUCAUCUCACUGGUUACGAAAAUUGAACCCUCGCCCGAUUGGAUAUUGGGCGUUGCAGGCUUGGAGCUGUGUCUGGAAAAUUGCACUUGGAUAAGUGAAAAAGUAUUGAAUUUAUACCCUUGGGAUAUUGGCACCGAUGCCGGUCCAUCGUACAUGUCUCCGGAUCAAGCACAAAUACCGCCAGAUGUUGUGCGUCGCAUCACCUCUACAUCACCGAAUGAUGAACGAUCGCCGUUCUAUGAAAGGAGCGGUGCACCGAUGAAGCCAAUGGCUACGCUCUAUGUUAGGCGGAAGAAGUUGUACGAACGAGAAUGCGAGUCGGCUGACAUCAUACCACUUGAGUGCUCAACCCACCCAUGGAAUACUUGGAGUGAGUGCACAACACGUUGCGGUCCCGGCACACAGUACCGUACACGCGCCUAUAAGGAUCCCGCUUUGGCAGCGAGCUUCAACUGUCAGGUAGUGCAGAGACAAACGCGAAAAUGUCUUGGUGAACAAUGCGGCAUAGAAAAAUUAGAGCUUGCAAGCGGGGCAACUGAAGAAUGCGAGCUAACGCCUUGGAACGCGUGGACACCAUGCUCGCGGCGGUGUGGACAUGGCACGUCAACUCGCUCGCGGGACUAUACAAAUCCCUAUGAACGCGAGAAAUGUUUGAAUGAGAAUCCGGUAGAGUUAGAGCAGCGCAAGGAUUGUGAAGGCAAAGAUUGCGGGGGCAGACAGACGCAGAGUCGGUUUGAUGAGAAAGUUGAGAAUAAUGGUGGUGACUUUGGCACAUUCGAAGACAAUGAAGAAAAUGAGAAUGCCAAUGAAGAGGAUUUACCAGAAGAAGAUGAUACUGUAAGGCGCAUGCCGCAACCUGAGCAUCCAGGCUCACGUUAUUUUGGACGACAACCAAACUUAUCGGAUGAUGAAAUCCUCGCUGUACCAGCUGGUGAAAGAGAGGAAGACGAGCAAAAUCAACCGCUUGGCGAAGUUGCCGAGCAAGAUGGUGAGGAGGAUAACGGAGAACUGGAUGACGGCACGUACAAUCGUAAUGACAAUAGGCCUGAUGGCGGAGGUAAUAAUUAUCGCGGUCGUGGUGCGACACGUUAUGGCCUUUCCAAUCGAGUCAACGACAAUUUCCCGCGCAGCAAUCUGGACGAAGACAACGACGACUUUGGCAUACAUGAGCAAUAUGAUGAAAACGGGCACAGGGCCGUUUAUGUGGAAAGCAGUGACCCAAGCAGCUACAAUGUAGUGCAGCAGUUUUGCUUUGACAAACCAUAUAUGCGGCGAUCACGUUGCGAUCGCAAAAUUUUAGGUGUACGCAACUACUGGUUCUACGAUGCCGAUGAUCUGGAGUGCAAGCUCUUCACCACCGAUGAUUGUGAUGAUAAUAGGAAUAAGUUCCGAUCGUUGGAAGCAUGUGAGGGCACUUGUCUAUUGCCACAUAAAAAUCAAGAAGAUACGCGGGAUAUCGAGGAAGAUGACGAGUGGGGUCAGCAGUUUGGUAAGCCGAAAUCGUUGACUAAGACGAAGCCGAGAAGGAAAAUUGAGCGCAAAAAUCGCAGGCGAAAACCAAAAGAUCCUUUUGUGGGUGAUAUUCAGAAUUAUUGGAAGUAGUUAGUUACAGAACUGAACAAAAAUUUGCAAUUGCAUGAAUGGGCAUGUGAAGUGUAACUAUAGCCACUGAUAUACCUACAUAUGUAUGUAACUGUAUAUAGAUUUUAGUAAACAAAUUUCUAAUAUUUAAGACAUAAGUACAUACUCGUAGUAUACAUGUAUAAAUACAAAGAAGUAGCAAAUCAAAAAAAAAGAAGCUGUAUGUGGUUUUCUCACCUCCCAAAUUCUGAGCAUUUUUCUCGAAAAGUCUAUUUGCAGACACUUGCACAUACACAUUAAUAAUACUUUGUCUUUCAGUUAUUCUUCAAAACAAUUGCAGUCCAAGUCAAUUCCCGCUUAGCGACUAUUUAUAAUACAUACAUCGCAGCGCCAAUCAAGCGUUUUAUCAAAACCAAAAACAUUGGCCCCUCUUGUUUUGUGCGCUCUUAGCACAACACAGUGGUGAACAUAAAAAGUCGUACAUGUUUCUUUCAAUAUAAGGGCCGAUCACGUACGCAGUCCCAACUUACCUGGUUUACUCAAAAUCUACGUGAAAUUAGACUGACCCACAAGCAUACAAAAAAAAAUCGCCGUGCACCUCCGAGUCCAAAGAUUUUUUGCAAGGAAUUUUCGAAAAAGAUUUUGUUGUGGUAGAACGUAGGAGUCGCCAUUUGAAAUUUUUCGAUGACACCUAAGGACAUUCGGCAAUAAAAACAUUUUUUUUGUAAUAGUUCUACUGGAACAAUCAAGAAAAUUCUUUAGCAAAAGCGUAUUGAUUUUUGGAGAGCAUUGAUUUACCGGCAUUAGGGUGGUACACAUAAAGGUAUAAAAACUGAGAUCUGUGGAUGAGUACUAGAACGGGGUGCUAGAGGUCAAUAACCUUUGGAACAAAAAAAUGUUAUCCUCAAGGCAAAAGCGCCGACAUAUCAUGCUUCAAGAUUCCACUGUAAAUGACGAAAAAUUAAAAAAAGCGACGCCCUCGUUCAGCCAAAUAAUAAGUAUCGAAAUUGGCUUGCAAAAAUACUUUAGACUCAGAACGGCGAACAAUUUUUUCUGGUAUGGUCUAAUGUACAUGUUUAUUUAUGUAGUUAUUUUUUCAGAUUUGCAAAGAUCUUCUCAAUCUAUACGUCUUAAGUAAUACAGUUAUUCGUUACCAAAAAGUCCCAUCGUUCUAAAAGUUCUUGUGAGAAUUUCACUUAAAAUUCUCAAUUUGCGCUCCGAAAUGUUUUUGGGUUGUGCGUUCCCAAUAGCCACUCUUAUUGAAGCAAGUCGUCAUGCGGGUUUCUUUCGAUUUAAUUUCAUAUUUAUUAAGACGGCAUGAAUCCUAGUUCAUUGCUCUGUACUUUGCCUAGUUUUUAAGCUUAUUCCGCACCUCUCAAAGAUAUGAAAGUAUAUCGAAAAGGUUCAGUUCCUCCAACUAAUACUGCUUCAGAGCUCCGUAAGGUCCUCACAAAUUCGCGAGCCAAACGUUAAUGUAUCCUUUAAAAAAUAGCAUAUAAUAGCAAUAACCGAGCAAAGCAUAGUAAAAAUCGCUACUCACCGCGAAACUUCGAAUCUAGGCUUUCUUAACAAGUUAUGUGUUUAAUUCGGGUUAUAUACGACAAAUUUCACUGUAAGUAGUUUCGACAGUGCGUGAGAUCUGGUUCUCGAUUGAGACUAGUAUAUAACCCUCCCUUUUGCGAUGACCGUUGAUCCAAAAACGUCCACAACGAAAUAACUAAUAACGAUAUAUAAAGCAAAGUUUUUCACUGCGUAAUAAGCUUCGACUUUGUAGUGAAAGACUCCACAGUCAUAAUGGCCAUCCGCAAAUUCGAUAAACUAGCGACCCGCUCACCUUGAUGGUGGCGUAAACUACUACUAAU